ACAUCUGUCGGAGGACACAAGGUAAUUUUAAGGUACAGUCUGUCCAUGUAGACCUUUAGGGAAGUACAAUCUAUAUGCAUGAAAUAGUACAAUAAGGAUAAGGGUAUAAUAUAGAAGUAUGAAAACAAAUGAAUGCUCUGUGGCAAAUUCAUAUACAUACUCUGAAGAGUACGCAACAGAGUCGGAACUUGGGCUGCCUUUCAGGCUGCCGUUUCCUAGCUGUGUGACCCUCACUCCUUUAAGCUGUGGUUUUCCCAUUUGCAAAUUGGGUAUAGCUUCAUCUGCCUCCUGAGACUGCUAUGAGGACCAAAUGAGAAAAGUAUUUGAAAAUGUUUUUCUGCUUUGUGAUAGAGACGAUGCAAACUACAGGAAGGAUGGAAGAAAGAGAGAGCUCUUGUAGACUGCCCUAGAGAAUAGGGACCAUGUCUCAGUUGACUUUGUGGCUACCCCCCUCCCCCCCCCCGCAGUGUGUGGCAGUGUGCUUGUCUCCCAGAGGAGGCUCAGUAAAUGUUUGUAAAUGCAUGCAUGCCAGGCAUUGUAGUGAGCCCUUGACAUGUGUUAUCUUUUACCUCUUCACAGCAAUCUCCUCCGGUAGCUAUACUGUUGCCAUUUCAUAGAUGAGGAAACGUUCAGAGAUUUUAGGUAACUCUCAACCUCAUGCAGGUAGGAAGUAGCAGGGUCAGGAUAAGGAGCUAAAUCUACCCGGCACCAGAGCCCGGAUUCUUUUAUUACAUUAUGUGGGCUCUCAAAUGUCAGGGCAAUAUUAUUUUUGAACAACAGCGUGGCCAAAAUGAAUAGCAAAGGCCUUGGAUAAUUCACCAGUUGCCCAGGCAGCUCCUGGACUGGCUUUCAGAUAAGUAGGAGAGCAUUUCCCUAUGCCUCCUGACACAUUUAAUGUGGCCUUUUGUUAAACUGUCAGUUCUGAUUUCUGCCCUUUGAAGUAAAACGCACAAUAGAGAGAAAAUACCAUGUAAUAUACCACAGCCUAGACUUGUCAUAGGGACAGGAGGGAGAAGAAGGGCAGCAAGAAACACACAGAUAACCAAGUGGUUAACCAGUGCCUUGGAUUAAGUUUGUUACAGCAACCGGUAGUAAGUCAGUGUCUCUCUCUCCCUCUUCCUCACUCUUUCUGUCUCUUACACCCUCUUGCUUUCACUCUUAGAGUUAGCAAAGUCUAGAAUCUCCAUUCUUUUCUCUAGUAAGGGUGGUAGAGAAGAUAACUCCACUACUGAACAGCAGAUUCCACGUCCUUCAUCGCUCGCUUCCUCUCAGUGUCCCUAUAGCCUCACGACAGAGCCUCACUAGGGGCUUCUACCGAGUGAAGUUUGCAGCCGUGCCCAAUUUGUAAUGAACGGUCACAAAAUGGCCUCCAACAAAACAGUCAUGUUAAAGCUCCAGUCUCUGAAGUGGGAAGCAGAAUGCAGAAUGAAUUACCACCCUACCCUAUCCUGUAUUUUUCCCCCUCAGCUUAUUUGUGAGGGACAUCAGAAGAAUGUCACUGGCCAAGAUUAGUAACACACCGUGGAUUCGAAGGGUUCUAUAAGAAACAGAAGGAGAUGCACUUUAAAACCUGGGAUGCAUUUAGAAGCCGUUCUGUGACAAUACGGUCCACGGUAGGUAGGGACAGCAGAGAUAGAGGCUCCGUUGAAGAUAAGUCCAGAGAAUACCUCACACGGUCGCCAGAGUCCAGUUGGUAACGGUGUUUGGUUUCCCAGGAACUGCGCUAACAUACCCGCGAUGAAACCCAGCGGGGGGGACACUUCUCGUCCCCGACCUGUGGUAAGUCGGCUGGGUUGAAUUGUGUGAAGUUGUCAAAGGUUGCUCUCCUCUCCAGAACUCGGCACCAGCUCCGCUGAAAUGUGAUGCCACUGGUUUUCAGUAAAGGUUCCUUUCUGCAGGGCUGCAAACACAGAUCAGCUGCUACUGUGUAUAUACAACCAGGGAGCAAAUCAACCAGCACAGUUAAAGCAGCCUUUUUCACCCUGAGACUUUCCAAGAUCUCUUCUUCACGCAGGAAGUUUCCUUCUCUGUUGUCAGAUUUAGCACUGUUCUCUUGUCAUCAGAUCCGAGCUAGGCUCCCUGCUGCACAGUAGAGAGGCUUCCUUAAGACAUUUGUCCUUGAAACUGCACCAAACUCUUGGAAGAACCCAGAACGUGUCCCACGCUCUGCUUCCAUGGAGGAGGGUGGCCGGUGCAGUCCCGAGCACAGUGUGGUGACUUAUGGAUUUUCACUGAGCUGACAAUUUACUGGCUCGUCAAUGAAACAAUAUUAAAUUAUGAAGAUGUAAGGAAAAAAUCCUACGCUACCAUUGUUGCAGUUUGAAAGCUGUGUCUGUAUUGAAAAAGGACAAUUCUGAGAGUGCUGGCAUUUUGCUCCCUCCACAUCCAGCUCACAUCCCUACUAGAGGCUUCUCUGCAGAAUGUCAAACAAAGAUCGACACAUUGAUUCCAGCUGUUCGUCCUUCAUCAAGACGGAACCCUCCAGCCCGGCCUCCCUGACGGACAGCGUCAACCACCACAGCCCAGGUGGUUCCUCAGACGCCAGCGGGAGCUACAGUUCAACCAUGAAUGGCCAUCAGAACGGACUUGACUCGCCACCUCUCUACCCUUCUGCUCCUAUCCUAGGAGGUAGUGGGCCUGUCAGGAAACUGUAUGAUGACUGCUCCAGCACCAUUGUUGAAGAUCCCCAGACCAAGUGUGAAUACAUGCUCAACUCGAUGCCCAAGAGACUGUGUUUAGUGUGUGGUGACAUUGCUUCUGGGUACCACUACGGGGUAGCAUCAUGUGAAGCCUGCAAGGCAUUCUUCAAGAGGACGAUUCAAGGUAAUAUAGAAUAUAGCUGCCCCGCCACGAAUGAAUGUGAAAUCACAAAGCGCAGACGUAAAUCCUGCCAGGCUUGCCGCUUCAUGAAGUGUUUAAAAGUGGGCAUGCUGAAAGAAGGGGUGCGCCUUGACAGAGUACGCGGAGGUCGGCAGAAGUACAAGCGCAGAAUAGAUGCGGAGAACAGCCCCUACCUGAACCCUCAGCUGGUUCAGCCAGCCAAAAAGCCAUUGCUCUGGUCUGAUUCUGCAGAUAACAAGAUUGUCUCACAUUUGUUGGUGGCCGAACCGGAGAAGAUCUAUGCCAUGCCUGACCCUACGGUCCCUGACAGUGACAUCAAAGCCCUCACUACACUGUGUGACUUGGCUGACCGAGAGUUGGUGGUUAUCAUUGGAUGGGCGAAGCAUAUUCCAGGCUUCUCCACGCUGUCCCUGGCGGACCAGAUGAGCCUUCUGCAGAGUGCUUGGAUGGAAAUUUUGAUCCUUGGUGUCGUAUACCGAUCUCUUUCAUUUGAGGAUGAACUUGUCUAUGCAGAUGAUUAUAUAAUGGAUGAAGACCAGUCCAAAUUAGCAGGCCUUCUUGACCUAAAUAAUGCUAUCCUGCAGCUGGUAAAGAAAUACAAGAGCAUGAAGCUGGAGAAAGAAGAAUUUGUCACCCUCAAAGCGAUAGCUCUUGCUAAUUCAGACUCCAUGCACAUAGAAGACGUCGAAGCUGUUCAGAAGCUUCAGGAUGUGUUACACGAGGCCCUGCAGGAUUAUGAGGCCGGCCAGCACGUGGAGGACCCGCGCAGGGCCGGCAAGAUGCUGAUGACCCUGCCCCUCCUGAGGCAGACCUCCACCAAGGCCGUGCAGCACUUCUACAACAUCAAACUAGAAGGCAAAGUCCCCAUGCACAAACUGUUUUUGGAAAUGCUGGAGGCCAAGGUCUGACUAAAAGCUUCCUGGGCCUUCCUAUUCUGCACGCCGAAAAAGGGAAAAUAAACCCAAGAGUGAUGUCGAAGAAACUUAGAGUUUAGUUAACAACAUCAAAAAUCAACGGACUGCACUGAUAAUUUAGCAGCAAGACUAUGAAGCAGCUUUCAGAUUCCUCCGUAUCUUCCCGAUGAGUUUCUUUCUACCUUAUCUCCUCUCCUUUCUCCCUUUCUUCUCUCAUUUCUUUUGCUCUUUUUUUUUCUCCUUCCCUUAUUCCUCCUUUCCCUCAUCUCUUAGCUUUCUUCAUUACUGAUUCCCACUUGCCUUCAUUUUCUUCCUUCUGUCCUUCCUUCCUCCUCCUCCUCUCUUUUCCUCUCUUCCUUCCUCCUUCUCCUUCUCCUUCUCUUUUCUCAUCCUUCCCCUUUCUCCUAAAUUUCACAUAUGUCUAGCUGUAAGGAAAUUGUCCCUUUCCUUUCCUUUCCUUUUCUUUCUUUCUUUCUUUCUUUCUUUCUUUCCUUCCUUCCUUCCUUCCUUCCUUCCUUCCUUCCUUCCUUCCUUCCUUCCUUCUGCUGCUGAACUUCUAAAAGAGGUCUCUAACUGAAGAGAGAUGGAAGGCAGCCCUGCCAAAGGAUGGAAAUCCAUAAUAUGGAUGCCAGUGAGCUUGUUGUGAACCAUAACGUCCCCAGUGACUAAGGAAUCAAAGAGAGAGAACCAACGUACCUAAAAGUACAGUGCAACACAAACAAAUUGACUGAGUGCAGUAUUAGCUUUCACGGGAGCAGCCUCUAAUUAGACAACUUAAGCGACGUUGCAUCGGCUGCUUCUUAUCAUUGCUUUUCCAUCUAGAUCAGUUACAGCCAUUUGAUUCCUUAAUUGUUUUUUCAAGUCUUCCAGGUAUUUGUUAGUUUAGCUACUAUGUAACUUUUUCAGGGAAUAGUUUAAGCUUUAUUCAUUCAUGCAAUACUAAAGAGAAAUAAGAAUACUGCAAUUUUGUGCUGGCUUUGAACAAUUAUGAACAAUAAUGAAGGACAAAUGAAUCCUGAAGGAAGAUUUUUAAAAAUGUUUUGUUUCUUCUUACAAAUGGAGAUUUUUUUGUACCAGCUUUACCACUUUUCAGCCAUUUAUUAAUAUGGGAAUUUAACUUACUCAAGCAAUAGUUGAAGGGAAGGUGCAUAUUAUCACGGAUGCAAUUUAUGUUGUGUGCCAGUCUGGUCCCAAACAUCAGUUUCUUAACACGAGCGCCAGUUUACCUAAAUGUUCACUGACACAAAGGAUUAGAUUACACCUACAGUGACUCCAAGCAGUCACGUAUCUUACGCACUGCACAUGGAGAACAGAUCCGUAGAAUUAUCAGGAGUGCGCCUCUCUACCCGGGAGGUACAGUUGCCAUACGAUUUCUAGCUGCCAUGGUGGUUAGGAAUGAGAUACUGCCUGUUUGCAAAGUUACAGACCUUGUCUCAGAAGGAGCUGUGAGCCAGUAUUCACUUAAGAGGCAAUAAGGCAAAUGCCAGAAAUUGAGGAAAAAAAAAAUCAUCAAAGACAGCAGACGCCUGACCAAAUUCUAAAACCUAAUCUUUAUGAGUUUAUUCAUUUAGGAAUGUUUGUUUAAAUUAAUCUGCAGUUUUUACCAAGAGCUAAGCCAAUAUAUGUGCUUUUCAACCAGUAUUGUCACAGCAAGAAAGUCAGUCAGGUUCCAGACUGUUAAGAGGUGUAAUCUAAUGAAGAAAUCAAUUAGAUGCCCCCGAAAUCUACAGUCGCUGAAUAACCAAUAAACAGUAACCUCCAUCAAAUGCUAUACCAAUGGACCAGUGUUAGUAGCUGCUCCCUGUACUAUGUGAACAGUCUUAUUCUAUGUACACAGAUGUAAUUAAAAUUGUAAUCCUAACAAACAAAAGAAAUGUAGUUCAGCUUUUCAAUGUUUCAUGUUUGCUGUGCUUUUCUGAACUUUAUGUUGCAUUCGGAGACUGUCGUCUUGUUCUUCUUGUGGUGUUUGGAUUCUUGUGGUGUGUGCUUUUAGACACAGGGUAGAAUUAGAGACAAUAUUGGAUGUACAAUUCCUCAGGAGACUACAGUAGUAUAUUCUAUUCCUUACCAGUAAUAAGGUUCUUCCUAAUAAUAAUUAAGAGAUUGAAACUCCAAACAAGUACUCAUUAUGAACAGAUACACAUCAAAAUCAUAAUAAUAUUUUCAAAACAAGGAAUAAUUUCUCUAAUGGUUUAUUAUAGAAUACCAAUGUAUAGCUUAGAAAUUAAAACUUUGACUAUUUCAAGAAUAUAGAUAAGUCUAAUUUUUAAAUGCUGUAUAUAUGGCUUUCACUCAAUCAUCUCUCAGAUGUUGUUAUUAACUAGCUCUGUGUUGUUGCAAAACUUUUUGGUGCGGACACGUUUCCAAAACUAUUGCUACUUUGUGUGCUUUAAACAAAAUACCUUGGGUUGGUGUUUCAUCAGCCUAGUGCUAGGAAUACUGUGUAUCUAUCAUUAGCUAUAUGGGACUAUAUCGUAGAUUGUGGUUUCUCAGUAGAGAAGUGACUGUAGUGUGACUCUAGAUAAAUCAUCAUUAGCAAUUCAUUCAGAUGGUCAAUAACUUGAAAUUUAUAGCUGUGAUAGGAGUUCAGAAAUUGGCACAUCCCUUUAAAAAUAACAACAGAAAAUACAACUCCUGGGAACAAAAAGGUGCUGAUUCUAUAAGAUUAUUUAUAUAUGUAAGUAUUUAAAAAGAUUAUUUUCCAGAAAGUCGGUGCAGGGUUUAAGUUGCUACUGUUCAACCACACUAUAUAGAAGUAAAAUAGAUGCGAUGUAUACGUUGUUUUCACUGUAUCACAUUAAAGUACUUGGGCUUCAGAAGUCAGAGCCAACCAACUGAAAACAGGAGCUGGAGAUGUGCGAAAGGAAUGGGGUACCAAUCUUAGUUUUCAGUUUAAGUGACUCUUGGCGUUUCCAAGAACAAGCAUCUCACAUGUAGGAGACACGACUUUAAAAGGCAGAUCCAAAAGAGCUGCACGGGCUUUGGGGUCAAUGCUCAUCUUAAACCUCGCUCGAGGUAAGUUUUUUUCAAGUUUCAAGCAAGGCCAUUUACUUAAUGUGAAGUUUUGGGAAGGUAUGAAAGAGUAUGUUUUCACCAUAUGAUUUGAACUUUCAUUUCGCUUCUUUUAGGUUUGUUCUUAUUUAAAGCAAUAUGAUUGUGUGGCUAUCUGUAGUUACACUUGUGUUUCAAUCAGAUCAGAUUGUUGUAUUUAUUCCACUAUUUUGCAUUUAAAUGAUAACAUAAAAGAUAUGAAAUAUUUAAAACUGCUAUUUUUCUUAUAGAAGAGAAAAUGGGUGUUGGUGAUUGUAUUUUAAUUAUUUAAGCGUCUCUGUUUACCUGCCUAGGAAAACAUUUUAUGGCAGUCUUAUGUGCAAAGAUCGUAAAAGGACAAAAAAUUUAAACUGCUUAUCAUAAUCCAGGAGUUGCAUUAUAGCCAGUAGUAAAAAGAAUAAUAAUAAUAAUAAAACCAUGUCUAUAGCUGUAGAUGGGCUUCACAUCUGUAAAGCAAUCAAUUGUAUAUUUUUGUGAUGUGUACCAUACUGUGUGCUCCAGCAAAUGUCCAUUUGUGUAAAUGUAUUUAUUUUAUAUUGUAUAUAUUGUUAAAUGCAAAAAGGAGAUAUGAUUCUGUAACUCCAAUCAGUUCAGAUGUGUAACUCAAAUUAUUAUGCCUUUCAGGAUGACGGUAGAGCAAUAUUAAACAAGCUUCCACUUUUGA